AGCCAGGCGACUCAUCCAGGGGGGCGUCCUAGACUGUAGAGGCUUCGCCGUUGUUUUGCAGGAGGGAGCUGUUAGCUUCGUGAGCCACCGUGAGCAUGGCGGAGGUCCCUGGUCCGUCCAGCGAGACGAUAACGGAGACGGUGCCGACGGGCGCGCCUCCUCCGCCGCCUCAGCAGGAGGGGAGAAGCUUGACCAUCAAACUUCGAAAGAGGAAGACUGAGAAAAAGGUUGAGUGGUCCAGUGACACGGUGGACAAUGAACAUUUGGGUAGGAGGUCCUCAAAGUGUUGUUGCGUUUACGAGAAGCCUCGGCAGUUUGGCGAAUCCUCCACGGAGAGCGAGGGAGAGGACGAAGAAGGCUGCGGCAGCGCACACUGCAUUCUGGGACACGGGAGAGCUCAUGGACAGAGAGGGAGCGGCGGGGCUACAGCGCCCCCUGGCUCCGGGGGUACAAACCCUCACUAAUCAGGAGUGAGAGGGAAGUUAUUUGGUGGGGGAAAAAGUAAAGGGCAGGGUGGACGACACGUUCAUAAUUUUACAUCCAGCUACUCACAUUGAAUUCAGUCACCGCAUUGCUGUUUCAGAUAGCGGUUUGAUGAGCGGAAGCUUGUAGGCAAAUGCAGGAAGACACUUUUGUUUUUUGUUUUGUUUUUUUUUUUUCUGCUAUCUUUUAAUGUGAUUAGUAGGAAGACUUGACAGUUCUUGCCAUCUGAAUGCUAUGGAAGUUUUGGCUUCGUUGUACAUAGGACGGUUGAUUUUUAUUUCUUUUUGUAAAGUUCUUUAUUUAUUUGUCUUGAACAUUCACACACGAUCAUACCAAUUCUGUCUCCUCACAUAGUUUCUUUUUCUUUUAAUGCAAGUAAAAAGGAUUAAGAGCCCUGACGAAGCUUGAGCCAGUGAUUGUGUAGUGUAAUGGUCUGUUGCAGUAAACGUCUCGCAACGUCAGGCUGCCAGGCAGAUGCUUCUGAAGGUUAGAACAAGGUUCCAACCAAGGUUCCGAGUAGGGCUACACAAUAUUGACAAAAUACGGCGUUGUGGAUAUAUUGCUGCAUAUCGUGAUUGCAGCAGGCCUUGCAGUGUAGUAAAACACCUUGAUGUCACAAGGUUAAAGAUUGGCCAGAAUGUAGGGAUGCAUGAUGAUAUUGGGAUCAAAUUAGUAUCGCAUUAGACAGAUGAUGCACCAGUCAUACAUUCUUAUGUCUGGUUCCUAUUCUGAUUUUUUUUACAGUUGAAUUGACCAAUGGAUUUUAAAGAACAUUUUUUUUUUAUUCACAGUGUGUUAAUUCACACUGUGUGGGCUAAAUGAACACAUGAAACACAGUAGUACAUUUCCAUUAGCCAAAGUCACAAUAUAAAUAGCAUAAUUUGGUCUUUUAAUGAACCAAACUUAAAAUGAUUAAAUAAAGAAUCAGUUGCCUGUUUAAAUAAUGUGCUAGGUAAAUAAGUGCUUUAUUGAAAGCAAGAGGCGACUGGCUAUUUAGUACAAUGAGUCAUUUUGGUACAAGUGCAGCAGCAGCAUUCACAUAAGUGCACUUACCUGACUCGCAUUAUUUACCACAAUGUUUGCCACACAGACCUGCCAAUGUAAAAAAUACUGUGGCUGAUUGUCAAGCUCAGACAAGUUUUGAGCAAAAAUCAGCCGAUUCCAAUCUUGGCCAUUUCUGAUGCAUCCCUAGAUUAGAUUUGACUAAUAUUUCAGACUGAUAUUUGAUGUAUUUAUUGAGCUCCAGCACAUUUAAGUGACGCUGGGUUACUACGCUAAAAUAUUUACAUUUGUUCUACUGCAUUUGUAACACUACAGCGAGUCAUAUGUCUCUGUUAUGCUAAUCCAGGUCGAUCUAGUCCCAGUUUCUACACUUUAUAAGUAUGAAUAUCUGCAGAUAUGUAUGGGAACAAUGUUGUGGUUGGUGUAGUGUAGUGGGUAACACCUCUGCCUCCUACGCUGUAGACUGGGGUUCAGUACCUCGCCUGGGCAAGCACCCUACACGAUACCAGUAAGAGUCCUUGGACAAGACUAUUAACAUUACCUUCACCUGCCUGUGUAAAAUGGUCUAAUUGUAAGCUCACUCUGGGUAAGAGCGUCUGCCAAAUGCCAUAAAUGUAAAUGUGCUCUGGAAGCGCAGAACAUUGAGGCGAUUCCGGGUUACUGCACUAAUGUGCUCUGGAAAAAUAUUAAAUAUCGUUAUCAGCUCUGAUUUCCCAUAUCGUUGCAUCCCUACCAAAAUUAAUUACUAUUAAAAAAAGUUAAAUAAUAAAAAGGUGCCACAAAAAGCUCUUUGAAUGACGCCACAAAAGAACCAUGAUUGAAAAGAGAUUUUGACCAUGAUGAACAUUUUUCUAAUGUUUAAAAAACCUGCACAUAAUUUAAAGGCCCUAUACAAAUUUAGGUGUACUUCCUAGAACCUUUACGUUAUUUGGAGGCUCUUUAAACUUAAAAAAGGCUCUUUACGGUUACAUCCAAUUUAUGUAAGUGGUUCUCUAAAGAUCUGUCCAUGAAAGGCUUUUUAAGAAACCAAGUCUUUUGCAUGUGGCAUUAUGCAAAAAACUUUUUGAUCCCAUUUUUGAGUGUUGUUGGAUCAUGUGAAUGCUUUGAUUCAUCAAAAUGUCCGCAGAAAUUAAUCUGGAUCAUCUGUGAUUGGUCAGGAUGCAAAAAGCGCAUUUGCAGUAUCAGUAUUGAAAAGGCCAACACUGCAAUAAUGAAUAACGAUAUAUUGUGUAGCCCUAAUUGUUAGUCUGAAACCUCGAUAAAGGUUGUAUAACCCAAAGAGCGAAGAUCGGAACCUUCUCAGAAAAUAUUGAAAAUAGUAUUACUGUUGGAGUAGACACAGAAGAUGUGAUUAUUUAAGCUUCUAAAGAUGUAAUGCAGUGCUUUUUCAUGACUCUUGAGAUGAUCUAAGUGAUUUUUACUGAGUGCGUGAACGAAUUGUGUUUUCUCUCGUGAUGCACUUCACGCAGUGUAAAGUAAACGAAGACGUCGAGAGACUUUCACUCAUCCACAUGAGCACAGUGAAUAAUUUCCUCCAUCCGUCAUCUCAUUUAAUAGCGUCACUACUGAUUCUGUUCUACUUAGACAAUCAGAGUAUAAUCACGAGAUAUGAUUAAAGGCACCGUGCAUGUACAUAGAACAAGCAGGAAGCUUCACCAUGGCAACUGUUUCAGGAGAAGAAGCAAAGUUAAAAGGGGACUGAGAUUGAAAAACAGUUUGGUGUUGAUUGGAAUUGAUUUAAACACAUCAGUACAUGAGCGAUCUGUUAAAAUCUGUUUAAAGGGAGCAAAGACUAUGAACAUCAACACAGGUGAUUAGUACUGCAAGAGAAAUGAUGUAAUAUUCCAGUGAUGUCAGCAUGAUGUCAAUAAUAAAGUGAUUUUAAAAGAAA